UAAUAGAUACGGAAUAAAGCAGAAGAGAAUCAGAAUGACAUUGCGAUGGCGAUUGGCGGCGAUAGGAAUUUUCUAAUAUAAGAUGAACUCAAUCAAACAGGAUCUUGGUUAAGAAUUGGGAUCCGUAUGAUUGUAAAUGGAUAGGUAUAAUCAUGCUUAUGUGUGAUACCUUAAUAUUCUCAGUUCUCGUCUUCCUUUCUAAGCUUGUUGGGAUUCAGGGAUGCGACCAGCAGAUUUUAAACAAGACAUCAGGUUUUUUUACCAGCCCAUUCUAUCCACAGAAUUAUCCCAACUCAACAAGAUGUACAUGGUUGAUACUCGCCCCGAAUGACUACACUGUAACACUGAUAUUUCAUCACUUUGAUGUAGAAGCUGCAAGUCCAUGCAUAUUUGAUGCUGUCAACAUUUAUGAUGGUAGCUCCAUAAGAGAUAUACAAAUUGGGAAAUAUUGUGGUCACAACAAGCUACCGCCAAUACAAAAAUCAACUGGAUCUGCAAUGCUUGUAGAACUCAUCACAGAUGUGUCUGACCAUUUUACAGGGUUUAACUGUAGCUAUCACGUUGUCAAACGAGCUCUGAAUUGCUCAGACCAGCAAACAGAUGAGGAAAAUCAAAACAUUAUCUUAAAUGGGACAACUGGAGACUUGGUGUCCAUCUUUACACAGCCACAGACAGUCCACUGCACCUGGAGAAUCAUCCCACAUUACUCUGCCACCCUCAAGAGGCUUCAUCUGAACUUUACAUCCCUUGAUGCUCUGUUUAACUGUUCAAGGACUAAAGUUUCCAUUUAUGCUGGGAUGAUUCUUGAUUCAUCGAACUUGGCCCAUGAGUUCUGUAGCCCUAGCCAAGUGCCACCAUCUGACACAGUUUAUCGCUCUCGUGUGAUCUGGGUUGAUUUUAAGGCUACCAAUAUUUCUGAAUGGAAGAGGUCCUUCUUUGCUGCUCAUUUCAACCUUGUUGAAGGAUAUUGGAAGUGUUCCCCGGACAACUCAGAUGAAAAUAAUAACAUAAAUGUGCAUGAGAGUGUAAACCCAGCGUUUCAUUAUAAUGACCCAAAAAAACCAAUAAAUACGCCGCUUAACUGUAUGUGGCACCUGAAUGUUCCACAAGGUUUCAGAGUCAAACUGGAAUUCCAAGAGUUUCUAUUCAGUGGAGACUGCGAAGAGGGUAGAAUAGAAAUCCUUGAUGGGCAUGUGGAAAGGGGAGAAUUCUGUGGGCCAAGCAAACCUUGGGCCAUCUAUUCAUCAAGUGAAAAAAUGUAUUUAAAGAUGUCAAAGACUCUAAGCAAGAAAAAUAUGGUCAAAUUCACUGCAAGGAUUUAUGCCGUUAAAAAUGCCCCGGACAGAUGCUCAACAAUCAACACGCCAGACAUAAACCGUAACAUUCGGUUAUCAGGCAAGCAGGGCAUUUUCUUCAGUCCAAACUACCCCAGCUUUUACAACCCAAACUUCGAGUGUGUCUGGACAAUCACCGUCCCCCACCCCUGGAGGGUCCGACUCUCGUUUGACACGUUCAGCACGGAGGGCUACAACUGUGCUUACGAUUACGUUGAAGUGCGCGAUGGACUGGGAUCUAAUAGUCCCCUCAGUGGCAAAUUCUGCGGCAGUACUAAGCCCCGAGACGUGUAUUCCAGCAGUAGUCAGCUGUGGAUAAGGUUUACUACUGAUAAAAGUACAGAGCAAAAGGGGUUUCUUGCGUCGUAUAGUGUAUUUUUACCAGAGCCCAAUAAGUGCAGUAUAAAGAACAAGCUCGAGGAGAACAACGAUCUCCAAGAAGCUGGGCACUCAGGAUUUAUCCUCAGCCCAAACUAUCCCAGCACCUACCCUACCAAUAUCCAAUGUACAUGGAAAAUUACAGUCCCAGUACAAAACCAAGUGGAACUCCGUUUUGAGAAUAUCAGUCUACCGUCGUGGUGUCAAGAAGCCCAUGUCAAGGUUAUUGAUGGAAAGUCUCUCUUUGGGAAUCUACUGGGAACAUAUUGUGGCGAUGAUGUCCCUGUUUAUAUACACUCUACGAGUAACAUCAUCACCGUUAUGUUCAUGUCUUCAAGUGAAGACCCCGGUGAUUAUAGAGGCUUCAACAUAUCUUAUAAUGCGGUACGGACAGCCCCUGACGAAGUGUGCAAAACCGGCAUUACGACUCAAAAUUCUCACUUGUCACUCACACGAAACCAUGGAUACUUCGCCAGUCCUCUCGUCCUUCACCAGUCAAACUUCAACCCAUUUGAUAUGAGCUGCACGUGGUACGCGCGUGCUCCACAGGGAUACCACAUCGAACUGUCUUUCGACGUCAUCCGUUUUCCAAGUGAGCACUGCAUCGAUCAUUAUGUGGAGGUCCGUGACGGAGAUACGCUUGUGAGCCCGCUGAUCACCAGACGCUGCUCCGAGUUGGGUAAGCGGGUGUACUCUAGUGGAAGGUACUUGGUGAUCCGGUUGGAGUCGCGGAGGACAGGCCGCUACCGAGGAUUCACUGCGCGAUACAGGAUGAUCCGUGCAGGGAACUGCUCAAAAGACUUCGACGACACCUGGAACCUAAAUCUCAGUUUACAUGGAAACAAUUCCGGAGUUCUAACAAGUCCCGGGUAUCCGGCCCCGUAUCCGCCGGGUAUUCAGUGCUUCUGGAAGGUCUCCGUACCCCGUAUGGCCGGGGGAAUGUCUAUGUAUAUUGUCUUGGAGUUCUCGGAAGUUUCCCUCGGGCCUAACUGUUCAACCGACUAUGUGGAAGUAAAAAAUGGGUUAUAUUCGUUUAGCCCUGUGCUCGGCCGGUUCUGCGGUGAGAUGGAUAGAGUUAAGCUACAGCCUACAGGCCCAAAUAUCUUGGUUCACUUCAAGUCAAGCAACUGGACAAACAGGUCAAACCGGUCUAACUCAAGCGUAGGGUUUUAUGCUACAUUCUAUUCAACUGGCAACCCAAAUGCACCCGUAGGCCAAGGAAACUCAAGCCCAGUAGGCGCUAUCGUGAUUAUCCUGGGCUCAUUUGGUGGCAUAGUUAUCCUUACAUUAACUGCAAUAUUCGUCUACUGGCUUGUAACCAAAGACCACAUACACCGACCAAUCUUCCGCCGGGCCCCACCCCCACGUGAUCUUACCCCUCUGCCCGGAAAUGGCGUACCAACCCUUGAUGACAUUCCCGCCGUAUUAAUCGCUGAAGACCGACCACCGACAUACAGUGAGGCGGUCGAGGAGGACGCACUUGAAAUGACAGCCGCUGACGUGGCGGUGGUCCAUGGCGGGCACACCGGGGAAACUGAUACUGAACCGCCAACAGAGGAAGCGCAGGGACUGGAUAACCCUGCUUACAUGACAAGUACGUUAGAGUUAAGGGGAGACCCUCCUUCGUACGAAGAUCUUUAUGGUAUUGACCCAAGCUAGCACGGAGCUAGUGACAUGACAGGCAGAGUAGCGUGACAGGCGGAGUUGCGUGACUGGCAAGUAGCGUGAUAAGAAAGAGAAUGAUAAGAAAUGUAAACUGAUGAAGUGAAAUGACAAAAUUAGUAACACAGAUAUGACAGGCAGAAUGUGGCGUGAGAUUACAGGUAAAGUGGCGUGACAGUCAGAAUUGCGUGACAGGCGACCACGCGGAGUGACACGUUGACACGUGGAGAGUCACGUGCCAAGUAGAGUGGCGUGACAUGACAGGCAGAGUGCCGUGACAAGGCAAAGUGUCGUAGAGAAAGGUUAUGAUAAGAAAUGUGACUUAAUAUAGUGAGAUGACAAAAUUAGUAACUCAGAGCGAUGUGACAGGCAAAGUGAGCUGACAUUGUGACAGAGAAACAGUGAGCUGACAGACUUACAGUGUGACAGACCGAAUUUGGCGUAAGUUUGUGCGUUCCUAGCCUACCUGUAGGCGUUGGAUGUUUUUUCCAGCGAGAAAACCGUGCGAACACGGAAGUCGCUACGCUCUAUUUCAAGCCGUGGUUACGGCUGCAAAACGGGCCUAGGAGUCACCUGAGGUCGCCAUAUUGGAUUUGUGUUGAGCUACAAGCCUCCAGGUAGGCUUGCGCCUUCCAGGCUUAACUGCCUGUCCUCAUGUCAAAUAACACACACGCGAAUCUGAUAUAAAUGUGCACCAUGGAGAUGCACCUAAGAUUCGUUUUUAGGAUAUAAUAACGCAAUAAAAUAAUAAUUAAAAAAAUGAAUAUAAAUACCUACAAGAUGGUCCGUGUGAUUCCGAAAAUAGGCAGCCAUUUAUCACAUAGUAAAAGAUGAAAAAUAUUGUAAAAUAUAAUUAUUUUGUCAAAUUAAAGCGAUAUUAUUUUUA